AUGGCAGAUAACACAUCAAAUCAUUCGAGCUCAAGUUCAAAUUAUGCCUCUGUAAGGGUACCCAAGCCAGAUUUGGCCUCGAUUGCAAGCACAUCAACAAAUAGAUCACCCGUCUCACCCACAGUUUAUGAACUGUUACCACCAUCCAACUUGAGUGACAUAGAUUCGAUUGAAGCAGGGCUCCCACAUCGUAGCGAUACCAUCAUAGCCCCACAAGCACAAGCCCAACUGCUGGAGCAAAAUACAACGCAGCAUAUGCUGCACCAUGAUCGUGGUUACGAUCCAAUGAGUAGAGACCAAUCUACAGGUUCGAGUUCUGUCUCUGCAUUAUCUUCACAAGAGUCGGUUGUACAAGGUCUUGACUUGACCAAAAGCCGGUCAAAGAGAGAAUUUAGUGCCCACCAUCCACACGAGGAUAGUAGCAGAAAUUUUAGCACCCAGUCUAGUGGUCUGGGCUUGUACUUGCCUUCACACCUUAAACGAGAAUCCAUCUUGAGCACUUUUAGUCAAUACUCGGCAAAGACAGAACACGAGGAAGCCACUCAUGUUGUAGUGAAAAGGUCAGACUCAACAAAGCUUAGAUACCUUAGAGGAACUAGCAAAGACGCAAAAGAGACAGAACAAGAGCAGAAAAAUGAACAAGAAAACGAACAAGAAAAUGAACAAGAAAAUGAACAAGAAAAUGAACAAGAAAAUGAAGGACACGCUUUUGGAGAAGGCACAUCAGCAGAACACGCUCAAGUUAGAAGAGAAGAAAAAAGGUCAAAUAGCCCCAUGCUUCAAGUUCCGAAACAAAUCAUUUCUCAAGACUAUUCUGGGGAAGAUUUUCUUGACUCUUCAAGGUCCCCAUCAGCAACCAGAGAACUAAAUGAUGACGAUCAUGACGACGAUGACGACGACGAUGACGACGACGAUGAUGAUGAUGAUGGAAAAAGUUCGAUAUUGAUGGGUAAAUUACCUACAGCAUCCACUAGACCAAGCAAACUCCACAUUGCAAAUCCAGACAAGAGUUUCCAAACCAACAUUGAAGGUUCCAUACCUGCGCGCUCGCCAAGACGGCCACAAUCGAUUAUUGGACCUUCUGGAACUGAUGAUAUUAGUCGUAGCAGCAUCAUCAUUGGACAAUCACUUACAGCCACCACUGGUUCAUCUCCACUGGGAAGAGGUAAUGAUAAAGCCAAUUCUAAGAGGAUGUCUACACAGCUUAAUGAUGAUUUAGACAAGUUGAUGAAUGAUGCAUCCUCGAUGUCUUCGUAUAAUCCAGAGAGAUUCGUACCUCCUCCACCAGCAGCUGACCUUGAAGUUACUGAAGUUGACGUUGAUAGCUCUGACCAGAAUGCCACGGCAACAACCAUGGACAAAAGUACUGGUGAUAUGCGUGGCGACAUUAGUGGCGACAUUAGUGGUGCUGGUGUAUACACUGGAGGUGAUGCUGCCAAUGAAGUGAUUGAACAAUCGAUUCAAUAUCCCACUUCUGUACCUGGUUCGAAACCAUCACCAUCGUCUCCACAAAGUUUUGAUCACUCCAGUUUAUUGAAAAAUGCAAAAAGUCGUCACAGUACUGGUCCUGAUAUUAGUAAUGAGGGGUCAAGUUUACCACCAAGACCAUCGGAAGAUAAACUACGUCGUGCCAGACAAAUUUCUGCCAACUUGCAAAAGAGACAUCUGCAAGAAAAAGAUAUUAGCCUUGGUACAUUACCUAAUGUCAGUAAGCUUCAAAACGAGCAUGGGGAUAUCAUAGCUACGGAAGCUGAUUUAAAUGAUGAAAAUUAUAUCGAUAUUGAAGAGCCUAUUACACAUCCUUCGCGAGGAAAAUCCGUAAAGAAUUCCAUACGAAGACCCCAAAAGGAAAGUCACCAUAAUCAUCAUCAUCAACAUCAUCAUAAUAGUAGUAAUAGUAAAAAAGAUUCAACCAUGUUAAGAAAGAAGAGCAAGAGGAAGUCGAAGCAAGGAACUGGUACAAGUGGCAUUAGUGGUGGUGGAUCUGGGUCAGAACUAAAGCCAUUUAGCUAUAAUACUUUGAUCUCAUUACUUGAAAGUAUGAACGGAACAAUUAUCGGUGAAGAGUUUAGCUCUUUGAAUAUACCAAUCCGAGAAAAACAAUUAAUUGAGAAAAUUAUUGACAGUUUGAGCAGAUUGAGCUCAGACAUGAUUUUGGAUCAGGAGAGGUACGAUACAGGGUUGAAGAGGAUGGAGCAAGCAUUGCGUGUUUUAGAAGGCUUUAAUUAG